GGUGUACAAUAGAACAGCGGAAGUUGUGAUUCAGAUUGUUGUCACUAAAUUGGAAUUUCUUCUGUCGAGUUUUGUGAAUAAACUACUACAAGUAUAGAUAUCUGUCAUAGUGUGCAAUGAGUGUUGGUUCCCCUGCAGUGGGGUCCCUGCAAUUGAAAUGGGACCCCAAAAAUCUGGAGAUCCGGACCAUGUCUGUGGAGAAGACCCUAGAACCCUUGGUUACACAGGUAACAACACUAGUUAAUCAAAAAAGUCCAUCAAAUAAAAAGAAAGGGAGGUCCAAGAAGGCACAUGUAUUAAGUGCUGCAGUACAGAAAGCUACAGAGAAUUUCAUUGCUAGAGGAGAAGAAAUCGCCAAUGAAAACCCAGACAUCAGGCCCGAUAUGAUGGCAGCUGUUGAUGAAGUCAGGAAAACUGGGGAGGUAAUGAGGGAUGCCUCUACAGAGUUUGCUGCUGAGCCGUGUUCAUUGUCUAAGCGUGGGGCUAUGGUACGGGCCGCUAGAGCUCUCCUGUCUGCCGUCACGAGGCUUCUGAUCUUAGCUGAUAUGGUGGAUGUUCAUCUCUUGCUGAAAUCUCUAAGAAUGGUCGAGGGUGACUUAGACAGAGUAAGGAAUGCUACAAGUCAACAAGAACUGAUGUCAAGCUUCAAAGAUCUGGGAGAGAGCUUAGUUGAUCUAGCUCAACGAGCUGCCCAAAGACAGAAUGAUCUUAAGGACCCAAGGAGGCGUGAUGAUUUGGCUGCUGCCAGGGCUGUCCUCAAGAAGAAUAGUAUGAUGUUGUUGACGACUUCAAAGGCUUAUGUGAGGCACCCAGAACUUGCACCAGCCAAAUCAAACCGAGACUAUGCCUACCAACAGCUUGUAGAUGCUGUCAACACAAUAUCUGGUGUAGCCCAGGCCUCAGGAGCCUCUGAUGCUCACCCGUAUGAGGGGGCUGGUGAACUGGCCUCAGCUUUGGAUGAAUUAAUGCAAAAAAUAAUCAUGGAUCCCUUGACAUAUAAUGAAGUGAGGACCAGGCCUUCAUUAGAGGAGCGUCUGGAGAGCAUCAUCAGUGGAGCCGCUCUGAUGGCUGACUCCUCGUGUACUCGGGAUGAUCGCAGGGAGAGGAUCGUACAGGAGUGUAAUGCUGUCAGACAGGCUUUACAAGAUCUAUUAACAGAGUACAUGAACAAUUGCAGGAAGCCACAUUCAAGUAAUUUCAAGGUACAGUCUGGAAGAAGUGAAAGAAGUGAAGAUCUACAAAGAGCAAUAGAUAACAUGGAACGUAAGACAAAGGACCUCAAAAGACAGCUGAGAAAAGCAGUGGUGGAUCAUGUUUCUGAUUCCUUCCUGGAGACCAAUGUGCCCCUCCUUGUUCUGAUAGAGGCUGCCAAGGCUGGGGAUGAGAAGGGGGUGGAAGAGUAUGCCCAGGUUUUUGCUGACCAUGCCAACAAACUUGUGGAGGUAGCAAACUUAGCAUGUUCCAUGUCCAGCAAUGCAGAAGGUGUCAAAAUGGUCAGAAUGACUGCAGCUGAACUGGAAAGCCUCUGUCCACAGGUAAUCAAUGCAGCUCGAAUUCUUGCCAGUCGUCCCAGGUCUAAGGUCGCUCAAGAAAACAUGGAUGUCUUUAAGGAUGCCUGGGAGAGAGAAGUACGAAUCCUGACAGAUGCUGUAGAUGAUAUUACCACCAUUCAUGAUUUCUUGGCUGUUUCUGAGAGUCAUAUCCUAGAGGAUGUCAACAAAUGUGUGGUAGCUCUUCAAGAGGGAGAUGCAGACACGCUUGAUCGAACUGCUGGGGCCAUUAGAGGGAGAUCAUCUCGUGUGUGUAAUGUGGUCACAGCUGAGAUGGAAAAUUAUGAGGCAGGGGCAUAUGUUGAUAGAGUAAUGGAAACAGUACUGAUGCUUAGGGACCAAGUUAUGCCUAACUUUGCUGAAAAGGUGGAAAUAGCUGUGGAUGCCCUGAGUUACAACCCUCCGCGAGAAGUGGACGAGAACGAGUUUAUUGAUGCCAGCAGACUUGUGUAUGAUGGCGUGAGGGAUAUCAGACAGGCUGUGCUGCUAGACAGGACUGAAGUAGAAACAGAUUCAGAGGUGGAAGAAGAUCCAUAUGAAACAAGAAGUAAAUCUUCAAGAUCCAAAGCUAGUUACAUGACUGGGAUGGACGAUGACCAUGGUAAGAGUGACAGAGCCAUGAUGAGACAGCUGCCUGCAGAGGAACGCGAGAAGAUUCAGGAGCAUGUGCAAGAAUUCUUGGCAGACAAAAUGAAACUAGACCGUGAAGUGGCCAAGUGGGACGACAGCGGGAAUGACAUCAUCGUCAUGGCUAAACAGAUGUGUAUGAUCAUGAUGGAGAUGACAGAUUUUACAAGAGGUAGAGGUCCACUGAAGAGCACAAUGGAUGUCAUCAAUGCUGCCAAGAAAAUCUCUGAGGCUGGUAUCAGAUUGGACAAACUAGCUAAACAAAUUGCUGAUCAGUGUCCAGACUCUGCCUCAAAGAAAGAUCUGGUCGCAUACCUACAAAGAAUCGCCCUCUAUUGCCAGCAAUUAAACAUUACAAGUAAAGUCAAGAAUGACAUUACUAGCGUCAGUGGACAGGCUAUUGUGGUGACUGGGCUGGACAGUGCUACUUCACUUAUUAUGGCUGCCAAGAAUCUCAUGAAUGCUGUGGUCCUGACAGUGAAAGCCUGUUAUGUAGCAUCCACCAAGUACAAGCAAGCAGGUCACACAUCCACGGUGGUCAUGUGGAAGAUGAAACCUCCAGAGAAGAAGGCUCUGGUCAAGCGGGAGGAUCCCAAUGAACUCCGAUCCAAAGUCCGUAAGGGGGCCAGGAAGAAGAAUAUGGAGCCUGUAAAGGCGCUUAGUGAAUUCCAGGAAAUUGACAGCUUCUGUUAGAACCAAAUCAUUCCAACAAAUACGCAACUCAUUUGAUAAUUUAUGAGAGAGGGAAAAUUGGGUGUUUUGUUUUACUGACAUAGAUAUAUAUUUACAAAAGAAAGGGGAUCUAAAACAGAAGCUACUAGUAUUCUUGAAAAAGAUUUCAAUUGAUCAUUUUGAUAACUUUUAUGAUGUUAUAAAGGAGGUGUAUAAAACAGUCAUGAUCUGUUUUUGGUAUUUUCUAAUUUCAUAUCUUACUAGGUUCAUUGAAACAUAUCGUCCACAAAUUUUCAUUCAUUCUAAAGCACAUGUACCAUCACAAAGUGAGUUUGAUUCCAACACCUUUGUAUAUUGCUAGAAGUGAAAUGCAACUGUAAUGCAAAAAUUUUUCAUGAUGUUUAGUAUAACAUUUUUUUUUAAAUCAUCCUUGUUCAUAUUCAUGUACUUAUUAGGAAAAGUUCAAAAGUUAUCACACAAAUCACAUUAGUUGUAAUCCAUUUAAAUCACCACACCCACUUGUUUCUUGUAUUUUUAUUUUUUUUUUUAUUUUUGCUUUUAUUAAUACCAUUGAUUUCGCAUAUAAUGUGAUAUUAUGUCAUGGUUGUUUUGUCAUUUAUACUUGUAGCAUUUUGUAGUGUUUAUACACACAUGUACGAUUGUGAACUACCAAGGGUUGUGAAAUAUGACUGCAGGUCACCUUUAUCAUGUUGUAUUUAUCCAUAGGCUAGGAUUAAAUAGUCUUAUCAUAAAACCGUUUAAAA